CUCGGCGUGCAGCACAGUACACACGAACACCUUGUCUUCCCACCACCAUCUCCCCUUUCGUCAUUUUGUCUUUCCUCGAAUGUCCCAAGUAUGCCGUGUUGUUGAAGAAGCCAAAUUCAAUGCUCGAGACAAGCGAUACAAGAAUCCCAAACCUCAACCAUGGAUCGUACUCAAACUCAUGGUCCUUUUUACUCUUGGGAUCAUGAUCUACACUGCGUAUGUAUACAUUGGGAGAUUCUUUGUCUCGAUAUUGGAUGGUAGGGUUGAAGGGGUUGGAAGUGGGACUGGAAUCGCUCUACUCGUUAUAUUCUGCAUAUUGUAUCUGUGGAUGAUUUGGUCUUAUAUUAUGGUAAUAGCGAUAUCUCCUGGAUUUGCUCGAGACCACGUUGCGAAGUCUGCCUCACCAUUUACACCCGGCGCUGGCCAAUCCAACAUGACCAACGGCUCGACUUCUACAACAUACCCUCCAGACGUUGAACAACAGCACGCUACAACGAACGGAAAGAACAAGGAUGCUAUCAAAACUGCAUAUCCAUUGGACAGAAGAGACAGCAUCGGUGGUCCGUCUUAUGAAGAUAUGCGACUUUCCGAGGAGGCUGAUCUACGGAGGGGUGGUGGCGGUGGAGUAGGAGGAGAAAGAGAUGCUGAUGAUACCAGCGCAGGCGUUCUUGACGCUCUUCCACGACCUAAUGGCACAGCAGCAACUGCUGUUGCCGAUAUGCUCUCUGGAAACGGGAACGGAAAUCUAAACGAAACUGGGAAGGGCAAAGGCAAGGGAAAGGGCGAGAGACCUGACCGACAUGAACGAAUGCAGCUCAAGAUCCAGCGCGCGAUGAAAAGAGCGGAAUCAAAGAACGUGUAUAGGCGGCCUUCGAAUACGCCUCAGCUGUUACCUGAAUUUCGGUACUGUCAGAAGGAUGGGUUUGUAAAGCCGUAUCGAACACAUCAUUGUCGGGCUUGUGGAACGUGCGUACUAGAAUAUGACCAUCACUGUCCGUGGAUAGGACAGUGCGUCGGUGCCCGUAACCACAAGCUCUUUAUCAACUUCAACCUAGCAACGUCAAUCUUGACCGCGUACACCUUUGCCACUCUCAUCGGCUUCAACGCGUCAACCACGUUUUCGGUGGGCGAUAUCGACCCUCAGGUUGUCGUCAUCAUCGCCCUCUCCGCCUUGUUCUGGAUUUUCACGACGUCUCUGUUGGUGUCCCACAGUCAUCUUAUCUCCAUAUACCAAACGACUGUCGAAAAUAUGAACUUUCGGUCGAUGAAAGAACGUGAAGAUCAUGCUCUUGCUGGAGUCUUUCCGUUGUGGGAUGUGUCUUCUCGGACGAAAGUGAAGAAAGAAUGGGAUAAAGAGUGGGGGAGGAUUGGUAGAGAGGGGAAUAUUUGGUGGGUUGGGAAUCGUAUGAGAGGUUGGGAAACUACUAUGGGGUCUAGGAGUAGGACAGCCGAGAAUCCGUGGGGAGUUCUAGCGUGGGUGUUACCCUUGCGGCUGAGGAUGAACGAUAAGACUUGGGGAUUGGAGUAUGAGGUUAACCCAAGAUUCGAUAUGGUCGGCAGGUGGAGGAGAAGAAGCGAGUGGCCGGAAGGGCUUAGAUAGCAUUUAUCUGUACGUGGCGUUUCUAGGCUUAUAAGGAUGUAUGUCUACUGUUGGACGCUUUUAUUUGACGGCUUUGGCC